AUGCCCUUGUUUCGAAUACGUUUAAAGUACAAUGUUAGUGCUGGUUUGUACUCUAACUUUGGCUCUUCGCAGAUAUCGAAAAUUGAAAAUUUAAAACGAAGCUCAAUAUCUUUUAGCACAACCAUGUUAAAGACGUUCCCAUUAAACUCAAGGGCGAAAACUACAGCUCUCAAGCAACCAAAGGAGUUAUUUUCAUUCGCAAGAGAUGAGCAAGGAGAGUAUGUGCUCGACGAAGUUAAAGAAAAACAUUUAUCUUAUUAUUAUUUUCCAGAUUCAUACGUUGAGAAGCAAAUUGAUUUAGCAGCAGGGUUCUCUCAAUUCAAGAAGAUACCGGAAGAGGAUAACUUGGGUGAUUUUGAUGCUUAUUUAAGAGCAAUAAUGAAUUAUGAAAGGCAAGAGAAUGAAAAUAAGAAGUUGAAUGUUGACAUAGUGACAUUUAGAGGCUUGAUGACAAAGAUUUUAGCGCUUCCAUAUAAUCUCAAAGACCCUAUAGAUCUUAACAUCGUUGCCUUUGAUGGACAGCUAUUUAUUAAGGCUGAUGAGGAAAUCGAACUUCGAAGGAGACAACAGCAACAACAGUCUCAAUCAGGAGACCUGCAACAAUAUGAUUAUUCAAGACGAUGUGAAUACAGUGGUUAUAAGUUCGAGACCAUCGCUACUCUUCCUAAACCGUGGGCAGAAUGUUCGAGGCAGAUGAUUGAAAGUAGAACUAAGAAACAAGUAAGCAACUAUCAACAGUAUUUGUCGGUCGUGAAAACAGGCAUUGGAAAAGUGAAGCUUUUGGUUGCAGGGGAAGUUGACUGUUUGUGGGACUACAUACCAGAGGAUAAUAAGGAUAUUCUACCACAUUACGUAGAAUUGAAGACUAGUAGAGCUUUGGAAAAUCCUUCCCAUAUUGUCAAUUUUCAAAAGAAACUUUUUAAAACCUGGGCACAGAGUUUCUUGUUAGGAGUCAGAAAAAUAAUAUAUGGCUUUAGAGAUGAUAAUCUUAUCCUUCGCAGCGUAGAGAUUUAUCAAACAGAUGAGAUACCAAUUCUUAUCAAAGAUAACCCUGUUAAAGAACAAGACAAGCAUGAAAGUAUAAACUGCAUGAAUGCAUUAAAAUGGUACGGCGCCGUCAUAGAAUGGAUACAACAAUCCGUACCUAUCGACGAUGAAUCAAAAGCAUACAGAUUAAGCUAUGACCCAGGUUCUAGAUCUUUUGCACUUCAUGAAUUGCUUACCGAUGAAAACAAACGCUUAAGAAAUGGAGGAAUUUUGACUCAAGAGUUCAAGGAUUGGAGAAAUGCUAUUAAAUCUUAG